UUUCCAUUACAGCUUAAUGUUGCCGGCUUGACAAAAGCUUUGGUUGUCUAUAAAGUGUAUCAAACAAUGUUUCGUGUUGUCAAAGAAUCAGAAACUGUUGACAGUCGCCAACAUUGUUUCCUGCUGCAAAGUGCUGGACAUGAGCCACGUUACCUUAGUGUUGAAACACGUCAGGAAUUAUUGCGCAUCGAAAAUAGUUGGAAUGCAGCCAUAGUAACAAGUGUUAUAAAGUUAGGG